AUAGAUCCGACUUUUAUAGCUGCAAGUGCGAAGAGACUCGUGCCCGAUAGGAUAACGGCUACUCUCCUUUUGUCUCCUUUGUAUUCUUUCAUGCGAUAUAGCACUUUCCUUUCUUGAAUACAAUUACGCAUCCGAAUGGGUUGGGCAGGGAUACGACCUCCGAAUCCUUACAAUCCUUUGAUAUUCAUAUUUUGUUUUUUAUAAAUAUCUCCGCUGCCUCUCGCUCGUAUACGCAAACGUAUAGUAUAUAUGAUCCAAUUGCUCAUACGCGCUUCUCUAUAAACAUUUUGAUUAUACGUGCGUAUCGCGUGAUAUUCAGAAAAACCGAAUCGCAAGAGUCAUCCGACAAACGCACACACAUUGAUUUCGGGGUUGCAGUGUGGAUAGAAUGGCCGACAAGAUAUCGAUAACAAUAUGCGGAGAUGGUGGAUGCGGAAAAUCUUCAAUCACAUUGCGCCUUGUGCGCAGUCAAUGGAUGCAUGAAUAUGACCCUACGAUUGAGGACUCGUACUCCGUAACUCGCAACAUCGACGGUACCGAUUACUUCCUAUCCAUCACCGAUACCGCGGGCCAAGAGGAAUAUCGCGGACUUUGGGCAGCAUCCAACCUCAAGUCAGACGCCUUCCUGCUCGUAUACGACAUUACCCAUAAGCCAAGUCUCGAAGCUCUUGAUUAUUUUAUGGAUAUGAUUGAUAUUGAAGCCGAACAGCGGCUAGAAGACAACCAGCGUAUUAUGAAGGAACUGGGUAACGACGCUCGGAAUCUUCAAGUGGGCAUGCCGCCGCCAGUUAAGAUUGUGGCCGGCAACAAAUGUGAUCUUAAAGAUGCUAGAGCAAUUUCAGCUCGGGACGGUCUGGAAUAUGCUCGCAAACAUGGAUGUGGAUUUAUGGAGACUAGUGCCAGGGAAAUAGUCAACAUUGAGGAAACAUUUGCGCUGAUUGUUCGACGUGUAGUUGAGGCCCGAAGGCUACAUUACCAAGCGCAACAGCUCGAAGCUCGAAUGGGCUCUUCUACUGCUCGCACACCGGCAUUGACUGUCAGCGAACGGCAAGCGACUGACCAACAAUCCAAAGACGAGCGAAGUCGACACGGGGGAUUCUCUUUCUUUAACAGUAAGAAGGACCCAUCGAGAAGGGUAUCGUUCGCCACAGAUACAACUAAGAAGGAAGGACGCGAACAGAACAAACCAUCUAGGAAUGAAGGGGAUGAAUAUGAGUCUCCCAGUUGGUGGAGGCGUCUUAUCUGCGUAUAAUCUCUGAUAUGAUCUAUGCUUCUUUUCUUUCUUUAGCUGUUUACGCCUCCUUGGACUGCUUGGAAUACCCCUUUUGUUGAUAUCUUGCCCUUAUGUAUAAUAGCAUGCCAACUAUACCAAUAAUGAAACAUUUGAUAUCCCUUUUUUGAA